AUGCUCCUUCGUGCGAGUGUUCCGGUGAUCCGGCAAGCCGUGGCGUCUGCGCGCCCGAUGCCUGCGCUCGCAAUGCAGGGUCCUGCUAUGCCCCGUGUGCUGACCGCGCAGCCAGUCGCACCCCCCAUGGUGCGUGGCAUGAAGGUGCGUGCGGCCGUCAAGAAGAUGUGCAACUGCUGUGCGAUUGUGCGCCGCAAAGGCCGCCUCUAUGUGAUCUGCAGCAAGAACCCCAAGCACAAGCAGGGAUAA